AAAUUUUUGAAGGAAGUUGAAUGGCGGCUUUGGCAAUGACGUGGUCUCAUCCCCCCCACAAUUUCUCGUGUACAUUUAUAAAUAUACAAAAUUUCUUGCCAGUUUGAUUUUGGUGAGAAAUCAAGUAGCAAUGGCGAGUUCUCUGCUAGUGAAUGGCUUAAAAGCUCUCUUCUUAGUUCUGUGGUGCUUGAUGGUAACCACUCUCAUUUACACCAUCUCCAUUGAUGGCCUCCCUUUCCGCUGGGAAAUUCUUACUCCGUGGAUGGCUGCAACGUUGGUUGAUUUCUACAUUAAUGUUGUACCUUUCGCGGUUUGGGUUUCCUACAAGGAAUCAAGUUUGAUUGCUGCAACACUUUGGGUAAUUCUGCUUGUAUGUCUUGGAAGUAUUACAACAUCUGGCUACCUUUUUAUUCAAUUUUUCAACUUGUCUCCUCAAGAAUCUCUGGAAGAUCCCAUUUAUCAUGUUCUAUUGAACCAAGCAAGCAAGGAUGGUACAAAACCUAAAGGGAAACAUUCCUCUGUUGCGAUUGCAAGAAUACUCUUUAGCGUUUUGGGUUGCUUGAUGCUGGGAACUUUGAUCUACACUCUCUUAACUGAUGGUUCACCAUUCCGCAAAGAGCUGCUAACUCCGUGGAUGACAGCUACACUGAUUGAUUUCUAUAUAAAUGUUGUUGCUCUGUCGGUUUGGGUUGCCUACAAAGAAUCAAAUUGGACUACGGCAUUUUUCUGGAUUGUCCUACUUAUAAGUUUUGGCAGCAUUACCACAUGUGCCUACAUUGUCAAAGAACUCUUUAAGCUCGCUUGGCAAGAUCCUCUCUACCUUAUUUUGAUAAGAAAAGGCAACAGGGCAGAACAUAGGUAUGAGAGCAUAUAAUGGUGAAUAGUGUAACAAAGAAGUUAAUAUGGAGAAGAUUUCGUGCUGGUUUAGUAUGAUUUUCAAGCAGCCAACAAGGCAUGGAAACUUGUUUUUCAUUAGUUAAAUAUAGGUUGAUAUGUAGACAUCUAUCAACUCAGGUUUGCUGAUAUUUACAAUUCAAAUAAGCAUUCUCAGAUUGUAAACAGUUUGGAUGCACAAAAUUAUUCUGUUAAUGAUCUAGAUGUGAAACAUGUUUCAGUUUUUA